AUGAAGUGCCUAAUGGUUUUCUUGAUGUUGGUAAUGCUGAUGGCUUUGGCUACAGCUCUUUUAGCAACACCUACAGAAGAAGAGGUGUUUAUUGAUGGUGAUGAUGAAGAUGCUCAAACUGAUAAUUUUGAUGCAUCUCUCCUUGAAAGCGAAGAAGUACUGCCAGCAUCUCUGCGAGGGACUGGACGUUUUCUUGCCCAAACACCGCGUGUGACAAUGACAUGCAACAAGUACCCUAGAGUAUGUCGCGCCAAGGGCAGUCCGGGGCCAGAUUGCUGCAAAAAGAAAUGUGUGAAUGUGAAGACAGACAGACUCAACUGCGGCAUGUGUGGGAAGAAAUGCAAGUACUCGGAGAUAUGUUGCAAAGGUGCGUGUGUGAACCCAUUGUCCAACAAGAAGCACUGUGGAGGGUGCAACAUUAAGUGCAAGAAAGGGAGCUCAUGUGUAUAUGGAAUGUGCAGCUAUGCCUAGAAAUGAU